CGUCGGCGUGUUCGGCCUUGCCAGAUGCGCAGUCCGUCAUUUCGUCGGCCUGUUCUUAAAUGUAUUAUUUUCUUCUUCUUCUUCUUUGCAUCAACCCUAAGCACAAAAGUAUAUGAAAGUAUCGCAUACGCCCGGAGAAAGGAGUGAGUUGAACCGGCGGUGCUGCUGCCGUUAGUUUCGCGCGUGCAAUCCCUGCCGCCACGCUCGAUCACAGGGCGGCCCUGUUCAUCGUGCUCCAUCCCCGCGGGGAGGGGGAUGGCGGGUUGGGUCUGGAUGGUGUUUCAUAGCAGCAGGAAAGUGGAACGAUUGUGUGCCAAUUUUAAUCACGUGCAUUCUCUUCUGUCCGAUCUUGCAGAGCGAACUCGAGUGGGCCCUGAGUAUCAGGCCGUCAUUCCGGAGUUUAUACCGCCCAGCGAGCGCUUACCGGCACCACGGCAAGACGCUGGAUCGGACUGUUGGCUCCCGGCGGAGCAUCUACCGGAAGAGUUGUGUAAGUGAGCGGUACCUUCGCCACCUCACCAUUGUAACGUAACACUAACGUUCAUGCCUUUUUCCUUGUGUGAGCGUUCCCUCUCUCUCUCUCUCACACACUCUCUCUCAUGUGCGCAGUGCAAUAUUACUUAAACUAUGCCAAGGAAAAUCAUGACUACAGCGAGGAGUAUGCGCCGGGGAUGCUGCACUAUUACAACAAUGAUCUGCAUCGGGCAUGCCAGGAUAUGGCCAAAUUUGUACCCGUUCCGGACGAAUGGACCGAUGAAGAACGGACACUGUUCAUGAAAGCGUAUUACUUGUACCGCACGGACUUUCACUACUACAAAUGGAUACUUCCUUGGAUACCUGUUCGUAGACUGGUGAAGUACUAUUACGAUACAUUUAAAUGUAAUGAUCAUGCAGAAAUCGUGUCACUACUUCAAGUAAUCAACCAUGUUCGAUCAGUCAACAAUCAAGCUAAACGAAACAACAAUCAAGCAGCGGCAAGCAACAAUCAAGCACGGGAAGAAGACAACGGUUCGGGAAGGAUCGCCACUAUCAACCAAGGAUUAGACCUGUCGGACAGGCCUUCAACGAGCCGUGCGGCAAUGAACGGUGGAGGAAUGGCACCAGGUCCCCCGAUCGACUACAGCGCAUACCGCUAUGAGGACAGCGAUAGCGACUAGAAGGCAUCGGCUGUGCGAGUUGACGUCGUUCGCCGUCGUUCAUCUUGAAAUGCUAUUAGACGAGCAGCGACAAUAUCCAGUUAAUUCAAUCUUCUUUUUCAUUCAUUCUUUUCAAAAUCGUACCACAUGCGUGCUGUACACGACGCACGGACUUUACAAUUCACGAUUCCUAUUAUGGUUUAAGAUUUUAUUACUGUUUGCCCAUCUUUUGCAUAAAUAGCUAACGCAAGCGAAUCGUUCUAAGAAAUGUUAAUAUUGAA